UACGAGACUGGUUACUACGCUACAGUUACUGAAACUAGUCUGAGGCCGACGGCUGAGCCAGUUCUCCUCUCAGUUGGAGGUGUAGUAGCGGCUGCACUCGCUUUAUUUUUUGUGUUCUGGUCCAAUGGAGGCGGCGGUACUGAACCACGCGAUAAUGACGGAGGUAGACUGCAACAGCAACACCUUGAACGCCGAGUUGGAGGUGAAGAAGCUGCAGGAGCUGGUCCGGAAGCUGGAGCGGCAGAAUGAGCAGCUGCGGACCCGGGCGAGCUGCUCCGGCGGGCCGCAGGUGCUUCCUCCAUCCUCGGCAUGCGUCCUCAGCAGCGCCGGGGGAUACCGCCUCCCCAGCCCGCUGCCCACCUUGCUGUGUCAGUCGUCCUUGGAGGCAUUCAUGCCCCCGGAGGAGCCUUUCGACUAUUUCCAGCCUCACUCCGGUGGGGAUGGAGCGGCUUCUGCUGCGAGGGAGGCGGAGGACGGAUCCGAGCCGUCGCUUCUGGACGAGCUGGAACUUUUGGAUUUUGAUUCUCUGUGCUGCUCAGACGAGUCUGAUGAAACAUGGUUGUACGUGCCAUCAAAAGCCAGAGAGCCCACCGCUGGCUCCCUCACACCUCUGCAGUGGUGCCGGCAGGUGCUGGACAAAUCAGAGGUAGAGGUCGCCAGGAGGUCGCUGUCCCUCCGCCUGGAACAAGUGUCCAGGUGGCGUAGCUCCCUUUCCAGCCCCUCUCCCACCCCCUCCCCCGGCCCCCCCACGAGUCGAGUGGCCGGGGUGUCACCCAUCAGCUCUGCUCCGUCAGCCAAACCCUGCUCCACUCCCCUGUCGUCUGACAGACACGUUCCAACCCUCUCCUCCCCGCUCCACCCGGUCCUCCAUCGGACGCUGAGUCCGUUAGGGAAGGAUCUCUCCCCUGUUUCGGAGAGGACUCCGACCUUCUUCCCCGCCAACCGCAGCCGCAGCCUCCGGCGCUCCGCCCGCAGUCUUCAGUCAUCCGUGGACAGUGACCUUGGUUUUUCAGAGGUGGAGGACGACUCCAUCACCCUGGGAUACAAACUGCAAGACCUCACCGACGUCCAGGUUAUGGCCCGACUGCAGGAGGAGAGUCUAAGACAGGACUACGCCAGCACGUCGUCCGUCCUGGCCAACCGCCGCAGCCAGAGCUUCACCUUCCAGCUCAGCCAGCUCAGCGCCGGCCUCGACCUGGAGGAGGAAGACGAGGACGACGAAGACUACGGUCUCCUGCCCCCACCGCAGCCGCGCCUCACCCGCCUCCCGCACUCCCACACUUUCUCCAGCAUGCGAGACUGGCGAAGAAGCACCAGCUCCCUGUCCACCCCACCUUCCACCCCCUCCACUCCGCCUUACCCGUCCGCAGGGUUCGCCUUCCAACCUCAGCCCCAGGGCCUGGGCCCGGGCCCGGGCAGCCUCUGCGCAGCCGAGCAGCACGGCUUCAGACCAGGAUCAGCCGAAUAUGAGAAUAAGCUGCGGAGGAGCAUGCCUAACCUUGUCAGAGCUCCCAGCAUGCCUAGUGUGCCCAUUCCAACCAAUCCUAGUGCUUCCCCUUCUUUGCUUCGUAACAGCCAGAGUUUUGAUUCGCCCAGUGGGCUGGCUCGGCUGCAGUCCUUCAUCCCCGCCCCAGGCCAGCUGCAGAACAGAGUCCAGAGCGUCGGGAACUUCUUCACGUUGUCACGGCAGCCGCUGAAGGCCACCGCCUACGUCAGCCCCACCAUCAAGGGCUCGGCCCCCCUGCCGGCCUCCACCAGCCUCCAGUGUCUGAACAUCAGCAGCGGGGGGAGCAGCGGGGUCGCCACUGGCAUCCCUAUGCUCAGCAAACCAACGGGUGGAGCAGGGGCGGUGUCUUCCACCCCAAACACGCCACGCAGCGGCCUGCCCCGCCCCGCCUCCUUUGUUGGCACCCCAAGCUCCACCCCCCGCAACAAGGGCCAACCACCGCGGAGUUUACUGACGCCUCCAAAGAGCCUGUCCACCCUCAGUGCCCUUCGGGACAGCAGCUGGAGGGACGGCUGCUACUGAUGGACGGACGGACGGAUGGAUGGACGGAUGGAUGGACGGUCUGGUGGAAACCCCGCAGGCUCGGGUAACUCACCACACCUCAACGUAAAGCUUUCCCUUGGGGACAUUUGAAGGGGUUUGACCAAAAAGUACUGUAACCCUCAAAGUCCUGUUUAGAAGAGUCCUCCAAAAGGGCCGUAGGUGGACUGCUCUCUCUUGUCAUCCAUUAAAUUCUAUGCAGAGUUUCUUCGGGUAAGGCGGGAUGUCUUUUUUCUGGAUUUGAGUGUUACUCCUGAGUUUGGGCCGUGCCAAGGGGAGUUGUUCCCUGUUGCUCUUGUGCAAUAAACUGGCUGUAGGGUACCAGUAGUACUAACCGGCUAAAGAGGCCUGCCACUUUUUCUAAAAACAACAAGCCUCACGAUACUGUGUUUAUUUAUAUAUUUAUUUUAAAUACCUUUUUUUUUAACUAAUCAGGUGUUUUCCCUCUGGCAACAAGCGCCAAAGAUGCUGCUAAAAAUGAAUCCAUCCCUGUUGGUUUGGGCACGUUCGGCCUCAUUUUUACACGGCCUCCUGUAUGUAUAUCUGUGUACAAAGCUUAUUAUUAAAUGGCUAUUUAUAUUAAUAUAUAUUGAUGCAAAAUUAUUGAAUUUUAAAUGUGACCAAAAGGAGAACGUGUGAAUGUGUUUACAAAAUUGUCUCACCAUGGUGUCACUAAACUGUGCAUAUUAACACUUUGAAACUGUUGAAUGCCCUCUAAGGGAUCUGUUCUUGUUGCACUUUGUAUAAAUCUCUGAACUUACUGAUGUUCUUAUCUUCUGUUGACUAAUGGUUGCACUUCCUUUUACAUUUCAUCUUCUGGAUUUUUUUUUUUUUGUUGUGGGGAAGAUUUCAGUCACACACAGCAUAAUGUAGCACCGUGUCUUUGUAAUAUUUGGCUUGUGUUUUUAAAUGAGCGUCUCCAUGGCACAUUUCACAAAUCCGGACCCUUUUGUUACUGUGAUGAGCUGAAUGUGUGAAACGUUUUAAUAAAACACACUGACUCAAA